AACACUGAAAAAGAAACCCAAUAAAAGGAACAAACAACCUCACUGUUCCUUUUCUUACUUUGAGAGCCAGAAGAGAGAGAGAUAUCACACUCAUACAAACAAAGUCUGGCCUUUUUGGGGUUUCAAAUUUGGGGAAUUUAAGAAUUGGGUUUUUACUUUUUAUUUAUUUUUUUAUUUUAAUCUGUUUGUGUGAGUGAAAAAUAAAUAAAUUUCGAGAUGUAUGUGGCUACUAUGAGAAAGUCUUUCAAGGACUCUCUCAAAGUUCUUGAAGCUGAUAUUCAACACGCUAAUACUCUUGCCUCAGAUUGUUCAAGGGAAUAUGAUGGUGCCUGCCUUCAGAUGAGAAUGUCAUAUAGUCCAGCUGCACACCUAUUCCUCUUUCUGGUCCAAUGGACAGAUUGUAACCUUGCAGGGGCCCUAGGACUCUUAAGAAUCCUAAUUUACAAGGUUUACGUGGAUGGCACAACCACCAUGUCUACCCAUGAAAGAAAAGCAAGCAUAAGAGAGUUUUAUGCGGUAAUUUAUCCCUCUAUAUUGCAACUUCAAAGAGGUGUUACUGAUACAGAAGAUAAAAAGCAGAAAGCAGUAUGCAUGGAGAGGUAUCGAAGGAGAGACGAUGAGGAACAUAGGCAGUGUUCUGAUGUAGAUACUGAAAGAGAGGAAGAAUGUGGAAUAUGCAUGGAAAUGAAUAGCAAGAUUGUAUUGCCCUACUGCAACCAUGCCAUGUGCUUGAAAUGUUACCGAGAAUGAGUUGAAGUUGAAUGAUUCAUGGGAAGAACUGCUGUUGAUUAUGGGAAGGGCUUGUUAGCCGAGAAGCUAUCAUUCAAUGGGGAAAGUGUCCCAUGGAAGAGGUGCCAUAACUUGGGAUGGGAACUUUUAAUUCUUCCAUGUGGUGUUUUGGAUUGGAUUUGAUUACUUGAAAGUUCAUUUGUGUUGUCCUUUUAUUAUGUUUGAUGUGCUAUUGCAAGUUCAUGUCUACUUUUGGUUGUUUCCUUAUGGCAGCAACAAUCAAUUGGUUAUUGUUGCCAAGCGCAAACACUGGAUUAGAUCAUUCCCAUAUUUCAUUUUAGAGGUGUCAAAUCUCACCCAAGUUUGAAGAGUACUUUUAAGAUUAGAUUUCUGAAUAUUGCAGAAAGGGAAUGUAAAGUUAUUUCUACAAGAGUUGGUGCAUUUUAUAAUGAUAUGCUACUCUAUGAGCUUAAGUUGUUAUUCUAAUGGAUUGUAGCAGUUUCAACCAGGCAACAUCUAUUAGGGUGAUGCUCAUGUAGUUUUUGUUUGAAUUAUUUUAUCUUUGAUUGUCAGUAAAAUAGAUUCAGAGAUCCAUUUUCAUUCCGCCUGAAUUUUGUGAAGUCUCAAACCUCACAUUCAACCAUGUUGUGCAUAACCUGUAUUUGAAUUGAAAAAGAAGUAGAUGUAUGUAACCAUUGUGGUCUAGUCACAAUUAAGCCUAUUGUUUUGUUAGAGGAAAAUGAUUCUAUGAUCUCUAGUGCUCUUGCAUCUGGGCCCAAAAAACAUCUUGCUAGUUGAUGGAAAUGAUCUGGGAAAUUUAGCACGUCUACCCUAUGAUGUCCUUAUUUAUCUUCAAACAAUUCAUUUGUGCUUCAGGUAAUUCUUAUACAUUUUUCUAAAACAGAUUUUUAAACUUGUAAUUGAAAUGCAUUAGAGUGCAAAUUGUCACCAAAAAUAAAAAAUAAAAUAAAAAUAAAAACAACAAGAACACCUUGGCUGUGUAAGUAAUAUCGAUGGUGCAACAAGGCUGCAUUGCGUCACCAGAUUACUUUCAGGUUGUAAUUGGAUUGUUUAUCUGUUUACAUGCAUGUAGUGCACUUCUUGGGUUGUCUAGCUAUGUGCUCUUGUGUUGGGGAGUAAUCUAGCUUAUCUUCCAUUGUUCCAGGCUAUAAAUCUAUGUUUAUUUUAUAAUGUAUUUACCCUUAUGGAUAAAAGUAAUAAUCUGUUGCAACCAA